ACUGCCUCGUUCCCUUCUUGCUGCAUGGCCGGUCCGUUGACAUUUAACUGCACCUCAGCCAAAACAUUUCUCCAGACAAAACUGCUACUGACACACACCGUCGAUAAAUAUGGCCGGUACAGAGGGAAGUAAACUUUGGGGAGGUCGUUUCGUGGGAGACACUGAUCCCAUCAUGGAGAAGUUCAAUGCAUCCAUCGCUUAUGACCAGAGGAUGUGGGAUGCUGACAUCCGAGGGAGCAAGGCUUAUGUGAAAGCUCUGGAGACGGCAAAGCUGGUCACCAGGGAUGAGAUGAACCAGAUUUUACACGGGAUGGAUCAGAUUUCUGAAGAGUGGUCUAAAGGUGCUUUUGUUCUCAAAGCUGGAGAUGAGGACAUUCAUACUGCCAAUGAGCGCAGGCUAAAGGAGCUGAUUGGUGCACCUGCAGGGAAGCUGCACACUGGUAGGAGCAGAAACGACCAGGUGGUGACUGACAUGAGGCUGUGGCUGCGAGAAGCCAUCUCAACCCUCACAGAAAAUUCCCUGCAGCUGAUAUCGACCAUGGUGGAGCGGGCAGCGGCGGAAAUUGACGUCCUAUUUCCUGGUUACACCCACAUGCAAAGAGCUCAGCCAAUAAGAUGGAGCCACUGGAUUCUAAGUCAUGUGGUUGCUCUGAGAAGAGACGUGGAACGGCUUCAGGAGAUCAAGAAAAGAGUUAAUGUUUUACCUCUCGGCAGUGGUGCCAUUGCUGGAACACCAUUUGACAUCGACAGGGAGCUACUCCGGAAAGAGUUGGCGUUUGAUGGCAUCAGCCUCAACAGUAUGGAUGCCACGGGCCAAAGAGACUUUGUUGUGGAGUUCUUGUUCUGGGCUUCGUUGUGUUUGACGCACCUCAGUAAGAUGGCUGAGGACCUGAUGCUGUACAGCACAAAAGAGUUCUCCUUCAUCACACUGUCCGACGCCUACAGCACAGGCAGCAGUCUGAUGCCCCAGAAGAAGAACGCCGACAGUCUGGAGCUGAUCAGGAGCAAAGCAGGUCGAGUCUUUGGCAGAUGUGCUGGGUUCAUGAUGACACUGAAGGGCUUGCCCAGCACCUACAACAAAGACCUGCAGGAGGAUAAAGAGGCCAUGUUUGACUGCUACGAUACUGUUCACGCUGUGCUGCAGGUGACAACUGGAGUCAUGUCAACUCUGCAGAUCAACCAGAGAGUGAUGGAAGCGGCGCUCAGUCCUGACAUGUUGGCCACUGAUCUGGCCUACUACCUUGUGAGGAAGGGGAUGCCAUUCAGAGAGGCCCAUGGUGCCUCUGGUCAGGCUGUGUUCAUGGCUGAAUCCAAAAAUAUCGCCCUGAAUCAACUCACUGCGGAAGACCUGAGUGCUGUUAGCCCUCUGUUUGGAAGUGAUGUAUCCUCGGUGUGGGACUACAGGAGCAGUGUGGAGCAGUACAGCGCCCCUGGAGGAACAGCCAAGAGUAGCGUCACCGCACAGGUGGAACACCUGAGGGACUGGCUUAAGAAACAGGCGCAGUGACCUCGACCCAGUUUCACCUUAAAACAUUUGAAUCAAGUUUACUGCCACAAUUCAGAUAUUAGAUCAGUAUGAAAUGUCAGACUUAGGUCAAAAUGACAUAUUAAUAGCUUGGAAACCAUGUUGCCUUUAAAACAUUCUCCUCUCUUCUUUGUACUUUCAUAUACAACAUGUUACAUGGACGAAGUUACAUCUGUUACAAAAGACCUGACCAGUGUAAAGUAGGUGACAGAAAUAAAUAAACGGUGGUCAAACUGUG